AUGUCAAACUCCCCUACUGACUCCAGAAAUGCCGCACACACCUCUCCGGUGAGUACUGAGCAAGGUCAACAAAUCUCUCAGGAUGGCGAUCAAAAUAAAGCACAAAGAUGGGCCAGCGCGCCACCAAGAUCACCAAGGUCUACUCAAACCUCUUUGUUAACCCAAGCUCUAUCCACGACUCAUCCAGAAUCCGCGGCAGCCCAGAUCGAUCCGACUUCUCGCAGAUCUCGAAAUACACUCUCCAGCACAAUGCAACCGUAUCCUUCUUCCUCGAACAAUCAAUAUCAGAAUGAAAGAAACGCAUCCCUGGCAGAGGCAUUGAAUGAUAUGGUGAUCGGCACAGCAUCUAUUCAACUCAAUUCAAAUAGACCUGUCAGUGCUGGGGCAACUCCAUCCGUGUCCACCGGAUUUCUUUUCGAUAUGGAGCAAGUCAAUGACAUUCUCUCUGGCCACCGGGAAUACCUCAGAAAUGCAAAAGUCAAAGGAAGAGGGACCUCUCUCGAACGAACGGCGAAGGAGAAAAGAGUUCAGGAUUUACCAAAAGGAUCUUUCUCAACCAAUCCUGGUGAUACUGGUAUUAUUACUCGACCUUCAACACCUCUGCAAGAGCCAUCCCGCUCGCUCUCAGAUACCCCUCCUAUAGAUGGCGUCCGAGCGAGCUAUCGAUCUUGGAGAGAUGCCAGAGCAAGCCCACCUGUGGAGAAAGCCUGGUCAAUCUGCGAACAAGGUGACGAUGACCAAGGUGGAUCAGUUGAAAAGGCUAUCGCAGAAGCUCUAUCAGGAGUCGAGCACAACAACCGCAGCCGAAAAGCAAGUCACAGUUUGAGGUUUUUCAGAGAAGGUCUGCCAGAGGACAAAACAAAGAAACGCGAAAAUAAGAACAGGCCUCAACUCAAAGAUUCGAACUCUUCUACUAAAAUCAGUAGCAUUCCAGAACUUGAGCAAUUGGACAUAAGAACAAAGUCGGCACCGGGUUUGAGACAUGAACCGUUAUCACCUUUCGCAGAUCCGAAGAUGGGUUCUAAGUCACCAACUCACAGCAAGGGUUUUGAUCCUACCUCUAAUCCGACCGAAGGACUUGCUGCCGAAGCUGGAUACUUUGAUCCAUCUCGCAAUAUUGAAACACUUCCUGCAGAAAAAGUAAGACGGAUGCCUUCUCAACUACUGGCCGAUAUCCGAAAGCACCACAAUUUAACACCCGGCAAUGCUAAAGGAUCUUCUUUUUCAGGAAGCAUACCAGCUCCAGAAUCUGAGAAGUCGAAGUCCGAUUCAGGGGAGGAAAAUUCAAUAGGCAAAUCUCACGUAGAUCAAGAGGGUAAUGAGGAUGGUGCUGAAUUAGAAAAGACCAAAAGUCGUGAUGAGGGUGAUGAAUCUGGUGAGGAAAAGAUUUCAUCUGCAUUAUUCGUUCCUCACAAAACUGCUCAUGGUACAUCUGAACGAAGGGGAGAUGGCCUGCGAGACAGACUAGACCUUGUUGUGAGGCCUGGGAAUAAUGAUCAACUUCAAUCAGAUGAUUCUGACCCACAACAGUGGCUUGAAGAACACCGAGUUCCAUCCUGUGAAGUAGAUAACACUUAUGACAGUCAAGAAGGUAAAUUACGACCACUGCAGUCGCCACGUCUUCCUAAGCAGCAUGAGACCGCCGCAGAAAGCAAUGGCUAUAUUACUUCCACAGAUACUUAUGACCCAAGUCAAGAUUCAUAUGAUGAAGGGGGAUCGACAACUUGUGAAGAAUCAAGCUUAACUGAUGAUCCUGAGGCAACGCCUACAUCUUCAAGACGCCGUCGUCGUAGUUUCAUGGUUCCAACGCCCAAGAUCCAUGUUACCGAAGACCAAGACGAGGCUAGAAAAUCAAAAGGUUCAGUUGAAUUAAUCCCAUAUAAGCAUCAAGUUGGCGGUCACACAACUAUGUGGAGAUUUUCGAACCGUGCAGUUUGCAAGGAACUUAAUAAUGGUGAAAACAAGUUUUACGAGAUAUGUGAGCAAAAGCAUCCCCAGCUUAUGAAGUUUCUACCAAGAUAUAUCGGUGUUCUAAAUGUGACUUUGGAGAAAAAGCAUAAAGUAUUGCCCAAGGAUGACAAAGAUGCUCUGGUCGAGUCCAAUGGGACUGAUGGGCAAUUGCUAAAAGAUGAGACUGCUACCUCUACUGAUACAAAUGGACAUACAACCCCUGACAAGGCUCCAGAGCCCCCAAGGAUGAUCAGUCAGUCACUAAGGACAUCUGCUAUUCCUAUUGCAACUGUCAAUUUUGCCGACAAUAGACAUAUUAUACCAAAAAGCUUCCUACAACCUCAUCCGCAUCUCAUUGAUCCCGUUGAGACAACGAGUACCAAGGAUUCUAAUCAAGCUAUCCAAAAAGGUCAAAGUCAAAUUCAACCACCGCCAAGUGGCGAUUUUACGUUUCGGCCGACUUUAUCAGACAAGCAUGCAGUCAGCUGGGGUGCAACCACCAUCAAUAAGGAACUUCGAAACAAAGUCUUUGGAGAAGCAUUUCUACAACAACCAAUUCCCAUUCAUCGACAUAAAAAGCCGGGCUCACAAAAUCGAGCUGUCCGAAAUGGUUCUUCACUACGAAGUGCAAAUUCGGAAUCUAGCCUAAAGUCAGUCCACUCGAGUAAGAUUGCUGAUGGCCAGCCACCCAAAGACUCAAUGCGUACAAGAGCUAUCAAGAGCGCAGCUGAGCAAAGGACUGGACUCUCACCAAUGACGCCUGUCACAGCCGCCCCACCAGUUUCCACAAACGACGACAAUGUAAAUGUGAAUGGUCAUAUUGGAAAUGGAGAAGCUGAAGAGGAAUUUGAUCAUAUGGCCGGGACAAGCGCUCCUGAACCAGAGAUCGCAGGGCCUCAGGAUUCGCCAAAACGACCAAAGAGACGUUUUUCAAGUGGUGGCCUUCGUCGCAGGCCCACGGAAGUAGCAGAUGGCCGAGGAAAUCUCAAAUACUUUGAAGAGGCAGAUGAUGCUGGCUACAAGGGUGAUGAAGAAGACGUUUUUACUAUGGAUCCCGAACCGGCUGGUCAACAAAAGGCAUUACCAUCGUCUAUGAAGGAGGAGCCGACGGCUAAAACUGCAACUGCAAAUGCGAGUCCUAAAUUGACCUCUGCUGAUUCGAAAGUCAUAAUAAAGCGUCCAGUUACUCCGAAGGUAUCGCCAAGCCCUCUUGUGAUUCCUCCUCGACCGGUUAAUCCGAAGGAAGCUCAGACGCAAGGGCAGCGCAUUCAAUAUUUCCUACUUUUAGAAGAUUUGACAGCUGGUAUGAAGAAACCUUGUAUCAUGGACCUCAAGAUGGGUACUCGUCAAUACGGUAUCGAUGCAGUUGAGAAAAAACAAUUAUCUCAACGUUCCAAGUGUGAAGCAACAACAUCUCACGAUUUAGGUGUUAGAGUUUGUGGCCUACAAGUUUGGGAUGUGAAGACUCAGAAGUAUGUUUUCCAUGACAAGUAUUUCGGAAGAGAUCUUAAAGCCGGACCGGACUUUCAAAAGGCGCUCACUCGUUUCCUGUACGAUGGCGUUGAUGAUGGAAGUAUUCUGCGACACAUUCCGACUCUCAUACAUAAGAUUUCUACACUUGAAGUUUUGAUUAGAGGUCUACCAGGUUAUCGAUUUUAUGCUGCUAGUCUUCUUCUGUUUUAUGAUGGAGAAACGGUGGAAGAGGAAGAGUCUGAUAGCAAUGCAUUUGAGCCAUUGAGCAGGAGAAGAGAAAUCGAUCUCAAAAUGGCAGAUUUUGCAAAUUGUGCAAUCAAAGAAGAUUGUAUGGCACCAGGAAGACAUUGUCCACCUCGUCACCCUGAUCAACCAGAUUUGGGUUUUCUCAGGGGAUUGAAAAGCUUGAAGAAAUAUUUCUUGGCAAUUCAGAAAGAUGUCCGAGCAAAGGUGGGAAUCAAGACGAGGGAUUUCCUUGAUGAGCAACGAAAGAUUGAUUUGGAGGAUGAGUAUGAUGAGGAUGAGGCAAAUUUGAGCUAUUAG